UUCACACACUUGUCAAUUAGAUACUUUCACUAAUAUACGUCAAUAUCUCUCACCUAAUGUGCAUACUCUAUGCAUUAAAACAGGAUCAUGGCGAAGAAGACUUGAUGGGAAAUUUAACAAACUUGGAUAGAAGAACCUUAUUGAGAAAUCUAUAAAAAGUUUGGUACUCAUUUGAGAAUUAAGUAAUACAAUAGGGGCUAAAAAUUAUUAGGGGCCCCUGAUCUCCCGAGACGGAGACACUUCACUCACCAUCACAGAUUCACAUUAUCACUUGCAAUAUACGCCACAAACGUGUUGCCGACACAAUAUCGACUUGGCUCUCGCUGUUGCUCGAGGAACCAAGAAGUAAACACGCCCCCAACGCUGAAAGGGUACAUAGGAUGCCAAGAAACUCGCUCACUGAUUAGAUUAGAUUGGCCCUACAUCCUUUACCACCACAAUCAAUGUCAUUAUAUCUGAACUACCCAUUGUCCCUCCGCAGUAUCAUCACACUAAUAAAUAAAUCCAAUCCCUGCUACUCUACAGUCUAUCCAGUUAUCCAAACAAGAAAAUUAUCUGCAAUCCUCUCUUGAUUCUCGCUGCUGUUUCCUAGCUAAUUGCGACAAUAUCCAUGGAUUUACUUCCCAAGGACAAACGAACUGGGCAUGACCGUCAACCCACUACGUCUGAGCUUCUCUCAAGUGCCAAGCUAGUGGCUGGGGCAGCUCAAUCCUCGUUCGGCAGCGAAGGAGACAAAAUAGACAGGGCCAAAGUUGCUGGUGCUGCAGAAGAUCUUCUUGAAGCUGCCUCUAAGUACGGAAAGCUGGAUCAAGAGAAAGGCAUGGGCCAGCUAUUAGAAAAGGCUGAGACUUAUCUCCACCAGUACCAUUCUAAUACCCUGCCCACCGCCACCCCGGGCACUACUGGUUCCGGCGACACAGCCCCUGUUGACAAAAAGGAAUCGUCAGCCCCGCCUUCAACUCGUGUUGACGAUGACCAGUCUGGAAGUGGGCUCGGGGGAGCUUUCAAGAUGGCUCAAGGAUUCUUCAAGUAGACUAUAUAUCUUGGAAUUAAGUCUGUGCGAAUAAAUUAAUGUGCUUAGUCCUACGCCGCUUUUAAAUUUCAAUCCUAAUCCUCUAUGUGUGUUAUAUGUACUGAUGUGUUUGAUGUACUUGUGGAGCUUGAUUGUGUAUUACUUCUUGUAUGCUGUCACUCUUUAAUUUAAUAUUCUAGUUUUAUA